UUUGCGUUUGGCAAGUUGUCUCCGAUAUUCUCCCUCCCGAAUAGUGGGUUGCUGUGUAGUGUAGCUACUUCCGAAUCGGAAAUACUUCUAAAAAUGGUCAGCACGCAGUCCCUAUCACUGCGAUGGAACGAUUAUUCAUCAUACAUUGCAGGUGCAUUCGAAUCGCUUCGGUAUGAAGAGGAUCUUGUAGAUGUAACGCUUUGUUGCGAGGGUCGCAAAAUACGCGCCCACAAAAUGCUGUUAUCGGCUUGCAGCAACUACUUUAAGGACGUUUUUAAAGAAAAUCCAAGCCAACAUCCCAUUAUCAUCUUUAAUAACGUCAAGUUUACGGAUCUGCACUUAUUGAUAGAAUUCAUGUACAAGGGAGAGGUGAAUGUGCUGCAGGAAUCCUUGCCAUCCUUUCUCCAAACGGCAAAUAUACUGUCGAUUCGUGGUCUAUCUGAACCAUUUUCCGAUCAGCAGAAUCUACCCACAAUUGUGCAGGAUCUACCAAGGUCUAUGCUGGCACAGAAAAUACUUCAAACGCAAUCGCAAAACAUGAACAGUGCAACGAUCACAACGGAUGAAGUUUACUAUGCGCUAACGACACCAGAAUCGACCUUCUCGCCACAGAUAAAGACAGAACUACAGCCUACCAUGUCGCAACAGUUUAUCGGGAAAGUGGUGCUAAAACCAACCAACGAGCUCACCGUUCCGAACGAUCUUGGUGACUCGAUUAUCCCCCAGAUGCAGCCACAACAACAGCAAAACAACUCGAUUACAAAUCUACCACAUCAAUCAACUGCCGCCUCCCAAGCUCCAAAGAAACGUGGAAAACAACGGCGUUGGCAAACAAAUGGAUCGAAGCCAGCUAUGACAUCUAUGGAUGACCAAAUCAUUGCGCAGAGUUCAACUUCCAAACCAGAUGAAAGCAAGCAAUCACUUCAAGAGCUGGUUAAUUGCGUAUUACCCACGUCACGACCGUUAAGAAUAGCGCACAUACUCCAGCAAAACGAUGCAACUAACAAAGAAGCGGUAACGACGAAAACGACAUCACCGACGGUUCCAGAGACACCAACCAACGGUUCGGAAAUGUACAACGCGACGACGGCGCAAAGUGAAGACAUAUCCGAGUUCAUCAACGUUGGCGAAAGUUUGGGUACGACCUGCGGCGAUAGUAGUGCAUACACGCAACCAGCAGACUUCAAAAUAGUGUGUGAAAACAUUACAAAUCAGUCGCAAUCGGAGGAACCCAUGGAACAACAGAGCGGCUUCGAAAUGCAUAUCGUCGAUAUGGGUGUGGAUAACGCGUUUAUGGACGAAGACAAGGCUGUGGUCUUGCAUACGGCCAUGGACGAUACUGGAAAAACACAGAUGAAACUGUACAAGUGUAACUCGUGUGACAAAAGCUUCGUCACUUGGAAAUCACUCGCCAUGCAUAGACACAUUCAUAGUGGCCGCACCAAAUGUAACAUCUGCGGCGCGGUCCUGUCGCGCACUGCCAAUUUGAAGAGGCACAUGAAGCUAAAGCAUGAACCAUAAACGCAACGGCGAAUAUCCAUUAACCGCUAGUACAUAAGACGCUGGCAUCUUUCAGAUAUAUAUAUUUAUCUGAAACCUGCAUGCCAACAUAGUUACUAGUUCCGUAUUCAUAGAUUGUCCCAUUGUUGAAUCUAUUUGCAUUUAAACAUAAAACUUUGUUUUUUUACUACUAACUCCAUGUUGUCACCUAUUGGGAAAGCCCCAUAGCAAAUUAAUUACAUGGCGUAGUUUUGUUUAUGCGAAAAAAGUACAAAAACGACGUUUGAAUCUACUUGCUGUUGUACAUAUUCGUUACUUUAAACAUAAGCGAGAUAUAAUAAACUGAAUUUAG